UAACCGAAGGAAAAAAAGAGAAACCCUUGCUCCUCCUCUGCGAUCGAUCGGUCGCUCCAGCUCCAUCGAUUGAUGCGAAUGGCGCUGGCGGGGAUCGCCGCGGCGGGAGCUAUGGCAGCCGGGGGAGUGGCGCUGUGGAAAUUCCGGCCCAAGGAUCCCAUCUUCGAGGUAACCUCGAUCGAAUUCAAGGGAUUCCAGAUGCGCUUCUGCACGGAUUCGCCGAUGCUCAUGGCGGUGAUCGAUGUGGAGCUGGUGCUGAGCAUCAGCGUCACCAAUCCCAACGUCGCGCCGAUUGAGUACACGAGCACUACCAUGGACAUCUUCUACCACGACACACUUCUAGGGCAAGCCAAGGUUGACGAAGGCAGCCAGGAGGCCGAUUCCACCAAAAUCCUGCGCGUCCCCGCCAAGCUCGAUGGCCUCCAAGUCACGAACCACGUCAAGGAUCUCAUCAAAGACGUGUAUAAUCGCGAGAUGCUGCUCCACUCCACCGUCACGAUCUGCGGCGCCGCCAGAGUCUGGAAAUGGCGCCACAAAUUCGAGGUUCACGUCGACAGCGACAUCAAGGUCGAUCCAAUCUACCUCGACGUGAUCGAGCAGGAGAAUCGCGUCCAUAUGGAAAUGCCGCUGGUGGCGGGAUGAGAAGCUCUGUUUUUAGGGUUCUUGAUAAAUGUCACUCUGUUCUUAGGGAUUUUGGUCCCCUGUU